AUGCCUGCUUACAGAGCAGAUGGCGAGGCAAUUGGCAACGUCACCAGAAAACCCGCCUUUUCCUUUGACCGUGCCAUCGUGCAUUGCAACUCACUGGCGACCGUGCACCGUUCCUGGUCCCCAAGUUCCAGCCCACUCGCUGGAAUGCUUCUGGAAGAUGUGGACAAAUCUACCCCUCGUUUGAAUUCCUUCCACUGCGCCAAGUCACAUCCUAGCAAGCCUGCCACUCGCGGUCCAACUGGGUCUUUGCUUGCAGCCCUCUUGUCCACUAUCCACAUCCGGCCGACAGGGAUACUGCUUCUUUCCGAUCAGGGGGGAAGAUUGGGAGACUGGAGUGCUAUGGUCCUUCUCAGUCCAGUCAGCUGCUUGCGGUUGCGUCGGGUUUUGGCCCCCCCUCCCCAUUUUCUCGAGAAAGGAAGAGGAGAACAACAACACAACCCUGGUUUCCCACUGUCGGGUCGGGCAACAAGAGACACGAGGAAAAAGAAAGCUGAACCAGGGCAGGGACAUUGGGCUCGGGAAUUCUUGGAACGUCAAGAAUCCCGAAUACUCAGCAACCUGGGAUGCAAAGCACUGUUCCCUACGAGGCUACAACCACCCGUGACCGCAACGGAGAACGUGCGAAGUUUAUUUGGCUCUGCUCUGCCAUUGGCAAUUGCUCGCCGCUCGUGGGAAUUUUGA